ACUCCAGACUCUCCUCCCGCCCAGCCGUCCCUGCCCGAGGCCUCGCAGAACACACCUUAAACCUCGCGACAGAGCGCAUUUCCGAGCGCAGCCCAGAACUGCAGCUUCGCGACGCGGGCCCGGGCCGGGGUCGCGCAUCUCCAGCCGGUGCUCGGGCCGCGGGUGGGUGGAGGACUGAGCAGCCAGGCGCGAGCGAAAACAAACAGCUGGGGCUGCGAGCGCCCCCACCCCGGCCCCUAGAGCAAGCCGGCCCGGGUCCCCACUCGGGGCGCCCGCCCGCCCACCAUGAGGAAGAUCCGCGCCAAUGCCAUCGCCAUCCUGACCGUAGCCUGGAUCCUGGGCACUUUCUACUACUUAUGGCAGGACAACCGAGCCCACGCAGCAUCCUCCGGCGGCCGGGGCGCGCAGAGGGCGGGCGGGAGGCCAGAGCAGCUCCGCGAGGACCGCACCAUCCCGCUCAUUGUGACAGGAACACCCUCCAGAGGCUUCGAUGAGAAGGCGUACCUGGCAGCCAAGCAGCUGAAGCCCGGAGAGGACCCUUACAGGCAGCAUGCCUUCAACCAGCUGGAGAGUGACAAGCUGAGCCCAGACCGAGCCAUCCGGGACACCCGCCAUUACAGUUGCCCGUCUGUAUCCUACUCUUCGGACCUGCCAGCCACCAGUGUCAUCAUCACGUUCCACAAUGAGGCCCGCUCCACCCUCCUGCGCACUGUGAAGAGUGUCCUGAACCGAACUCCAGCCAGCCUGAUCCAGGAGAUCAUCUUAGUGGAUGACUUCAGUUCAGAUCCGGAAGACUGUCUGCUCCUGACCAGGAUCCCCAAGGUCAAGUGCCUGCGCAAUGAUCGGCGGGAAGGGCUGAUCCGGUCCCGCGUUCGUGGGGCAGAUAUGGCCACAGCUGCCGUGCUCACUUUUCUGGACAGCCACUGCGAAGUGAACACCGAGUGGCUGCAGCCCAUGCUGCAGCGGGUCAAGGAGGACCACACCCGUGUGGUGAGCCCCAUCAUCGAUGUCAUCAGUCUGGAUAACUUUGCCUACCUGGCCGCAUCUGCUGAUCUUCGUGGAGGAUUUGACUGGAGCCUACAUUUCAAGUGGGAGCAGAUCCCUCUUGAGCAGAAGAUCGCCCGGACCGACCCCACCAAGCCCAUAAGGACUCCUGUCAUAGCUGGAGGAAUCUUUGUGAUCGACAAGUCCUGGUUUAACCACUUAGGAAAGUAUGAUGCCCAGAUGGACAUCUGGGGGGGAGAGAAUUUUGAGCUCUCCUUCAGGGUGUGGAUGUGCGGUGGGAGCUUGGAGAUCGUGCCCUGCAGCCGGGUGGGCCACGUCUUCAGGAAACGGCACCCCUACAACUUCCCUGAGGGCAAUGCUCUCACCUACAUCAGGAACACCAAGCGCACUGCAGAGGUGUGGAUGGAUGAAUACAAGCAGUAUUACUACGAGGCCCGGCCCUCGGCCAUCGGGAAGGCCUUUGGCAGCGUAGCCACACGGAUCGAGCAGAGGAAGAAGAUGAACUGCAGGUCCUUCCGCUGGUACCUGGAUAACGUCUACCCGGAGCUCACAGUCCCCGUGAAGGAAGUGCUCCCUGGCAUCAUUAAGCAAGGGGUUAAUUGCCUAGAAUCCCAGGGCCAGGAUUCAGCUGGGAACUUCCUGCUUGGAAUGGGGAUCUGCAGGGGAUCUGCGAAGAACCCCCCAGCACCCCAGGCGUGGCUCUUCAGCGACCAUCUCAUCCAGCAGCAGGGGAAGUGCCUGACCGUCAGCUCCACCUCAGUCACCCCAGGCUCCCUGGUCCUGCUGCAGGGGUGCAACCCAAGAGAAGGCAGGCAGAGAUGGAGGAGAAAAGCCUCUUUCAUCCAGCACUCAGUCAGCGGCCUCUGCCUGGAGGCUGGGCCCGCCCAGCUGGCGACCAGCAAGUGCCAGGCCGACGUCCCGGCCCAGCAGUGGCAGCUGUUGCCUCACACAUGACGGUAGCCCGGGGCCUCCUGUACCUUUUGCAUGAGACUUUGGGACUGGAAGCGGGUUAGGGUGGGGGAGUGUAAAGCAGGCCAUUCCCAUCUCCUCACAUUUCUGCCGGAAUCAUCAGCAAACACCCCUGCCAUGACACACGUUUCUCCAAAGCUUGUUCGGGGCGGGCACAGGGGAGCGGGCCCUGAUGCCCCGGCCGCCGUCCCGGCCUUGCCCCAGAAGAGGAGAAGGUCAGGAUGCUGGACUGCUGCUAGGCAGAGACUGGGCAGACCCCCUGGCCCUUUGUCCCCUCCUUUCACCCUCUUGGGCUCCUGGACAGUGUUUGGGGGGCUGUCCCCCGUUGGCUGGUCAGAGAAGGACAGAAGCCCACACAGGGCCUCUGCUGGGUCACAGGGCCUACCUGUGGGACUGACAUGAGAGGAGAAUGUGGGCAGCAUGGAUGGGGAGGCUGAGGGCCGGACAAGGGGGGCAGCCUGAAGGCAGGUGGAGAACAGGAAGGAGGUAAGAAGCUCUGUGGCCUGUCCCAGGCAGGGGCUGGGUUGAGUGUGGGAGGGGUGGGAUCUGGAGCAAAGGAUGGAUAAUUUGCAGAAGGACAUGGAUGGAAAAGCAGCCAAGCACCGAAAGAGUUAGUCUCUUCCCGACAACCCGUAGUUCUUCCCCUGCUACGUGCGUCCGCGGGCAUCGCACCCUGCGCUCCGGUUCCACGUUCCUAGCAAGAGGCUGCAAGGGGGUCUCCAUGGGCAGCCUUGGGACCCAGUUUAUUAAACAGAUCCCGCUUCCGUUUGGCCAUGUGUCAGGCCAAGACCUCUUUCUUGGGCCUUAAGACCAGCUGGUGCCCUGUCCCCUCUGCCUGGGCCCAUGGUGAUGACCCUGUGUGGGCAGGCUACCACCGUGCACCAUGGAGCAGCCCCAGGAGCAGCCCCAUCCUCGUUCAGACUUUGUGACUCCCGCCUUCUCAAAAGCCUUUGCCUCUGUAAAUACAGCGUUACGGGGUUGAACAGGACCUCCCUUCUGGAGCUGAACAUUCCCUAAGACAUUAGGGAGUGCUGGAGGCUAAGCAUCCUCCUCACCCCUCCCCACUGCAGGAGGGAGGCCUGACGGUCAGUUCCCACAGUGAGCAGGGAGGCGGGCUGGCGGCGCCUGUGUGUGCCAGAGCCCCCAGUUCCCUUCCUUCUCACGGCCACUGGGCCCGCCGCCUGGUCUUGGAAGUGCUUCUGCUAUUCUCCAUUUCCUCUUCCCCAACCCUACCGGCUCAGGCAGUGUGGUCUUUGGCAAAAGACCAGGGGUAUGAGGACCCCUGGGCAUCCCCCUCCCAAAGCAAAUCAGCCUGGGACCUCUAGGGAGUUCAUGGAUUCCAGAGGGCCUGGGAAUCUCCAGAAAUUGUCCCCCAAAUUGUGCACGUGUGUAUGUGCAUUUUCCUGGGGAGAGGGCCCCCGGCUCGCCCCGGCUUGCAGAACUCCCUGACCCCCAAAGGGUCUGAGCUCUGCUCUGGACUGCAGCGACCAUCCAGCUGAGCUGCCGUGCCCCUUCUCCCUCCCUGGCAUGCCUAGACUGCUUGUUCCUGCCAUGUGGCCCUCAGGCCAGCAGUCCCACGGGGGGGGGGGGACCUCAGUGGCUUCCUCUCCCCCCUGGCUCUCAGCAGGCCCUCUCCAGCAGUGCUUCUGGGCCCCAGCACAGGCCACCAUCUCCCGUCCUCUGUCCCUGUGUUUCCUCCACCCCCAUCUCUGUUGUGCGUGUCCCCCCCACAGUCAGCGUGAACCCUUGGGGAUGGGGACAGGGGGCACAGCUUCCCUCACUGACUGUAAAGGGGGGUGCUGCUCAGAGAAGCCUCUGAGAGCCCCUUCCCUCCCUGAGGUCAGACUGCACCUGUCAGCCGUCCUCUGUGGGACUCAGUUCUGUUCCUGCUGUUCCUUCUUGACCAAAGCAUGUGCCACUCGCUGUCCCUGAGGGCCUCUUCUUUAUGAAACACACACCUGGAAUAAAACCACUUCUCACAUGUA